AUGUGUCAGCAAAGCUCUCCUCUCAGCCGCAGCCCUCCAUCAGCACUAAGCCCAAUUCCAGUUGAGCAACCCGGCAAGGCGUCACUCUGGACUGCACACUGGUGGAGCGAUGGCUCAUCAUCCCUGGCCCCAUGGAUAUUGAGCAAGAGGGCUGAGUUCACUCGGGCUGCGGGGAGCGGAGGCAGAGGCUUGAUUUGUUGUAUGCAGUCCAGUCCAGUAGCUGGCAAGAAUAAAUAA